AUGCCGAAGAUGAAGGAUUCUCUGGCAGAAUCGCAAGCACUUCGAGAGAAGUUCCAACACGAUCUCGAGUGCAUGCAACAAGAUGCACAACGACGACUUGUGGAAGAAAAGGUCGACAGCACUUCAGACAGCAUUAUGCUGUAGUCGGCAAUCUUCCGUUUUGGUAUAGAGUGGGACAGGGAGGGGGUGAUGCUACUGUAGUCGAACGGUGGGACGGACGUGCAGUUCAGUUUUUGGGCACGCAUACGGUGCUGCAGGGAUUUUUAGGUGUACCUCUUCGGGCUCUUGGAUACCUUUUUCUCGUUUUAUGUGUGCGUGUUCUUUAGAUCCU